AUGGAAAUUACAGCACCGCCAGCUUCAGAAAAGGUGUCCAACCCCGAAUCGCCCGUCCCACUGCCAGGCUAUGAACUUAUUGUCCUGCCCGACCCAACAACCUACGAGCGCUUUACAUGGACACCCUUGCCCCACCCACCGCGUGUUCUUAUCCCCAAAGCAAUCAAGGCUAUCUCCAGCGUCACCGUACAUCCACCUUACAUCGGCGCAAAAUCACUCGCUAGACACUCAGCCAAGUGGGUUGAUCAGCGCCUCCUCCUCUGUGGCUGGGCUGUCGACAUCAAGGCUCUCCAGAAGCGAGGAGAGCUGGAAGGCUAUUCGAUUGACAGAACUGGGAAGGGGAACGUUAUAGAGCGCUUCGGGAUGAUCCUCCGCGACGUUUGUGGCAUUCACCCAAAAAACGAGUUCCAGCCCGUGUUGCUGCACGAUGGCAGCCACGCGAUGUGUGUGGUUAUAGCGCAGAACUUGACGGAGGAGACGAUGCAAGUGGACGAAGAGAAGUCACAGAAAGUUAUGAUGCUCCUGGCGACUUCGACUCUACCUCGGUGGUACCAGUAUGCAUGGGAUAUCGACCAUGGCGACGAGGAUUAA